CAGCGCAAAGAGCAGUUUAAAUAUAAAUCAGUCCUCAGCACAAACAGAGCUUGGGCGGCGAGUCUCCGAGCCAUCACCGGAACCGAGGAACUGAGGGCCCAGGUUUGCGGAGCGAGUGCAGACACGCAGAGCAGGGCUCUGGAUAAACCCAAGAGCCGCCAAGGCUCCUCUCUCACUUCCACCACUUGGAGACCCCGCGCCCCUCGGGUCCCUUCCAACUCCCCACCCUUUCCCUUAGUGCUGUGCUCACUCUCUACCCCACCAAGUCUCCGUUGACCUGCAGCCUCCUGUCUCGUCCAUCCGCGGUGGUCUCUUCCUCGGGGACCUGCCAUCUCCCCGUGUGCCACCUCCGGGCCUGCGGGACUUCCUAGGCAGCCGGGGCUCACCAGCUUGAGUCCUAGAGCUUCUAGGCUUCUGCAGCCGCGACAGCAGGGCCCAAGACACCUGCAUGUAGAGGCGACAGCGGCUGGGCGGGGGUUUGCAGCACCUCUGACACCCGAGGAAGAGAGGGAGGAGGGAGAGCGCGUUUGUUUCAUCACCCCUUAUAAAAACUUCGGAGCGCUCGCUCUCUUGCUUAGUCUCCCGCGGCGCGUUCCCCUUCUCCUGGCUGCCACCGUUGCAUCCCGAAGCGCCGAAGUCCCGCAGAAUCUGCCCCCCGGACUGUUGCUACUGCCUGGGCCGGGUCAGGGGCCGUCGCCUCUGUCAGGAUGGGGCUCCUGCCCAAACUCGGAGCGCGCCAGGGCAGCGGCACCUCCUCGGUCCCAGCCAGACGCUGCUCCCGCUCGGUCUUCAGCAACAUUAAGGUGUUCGUGCUUUUCCAUGGCCUUCUACAGCUCUGUCAGCUGCUCUACAGCGCCUACUUCAAGAGCAGCCUCACCACGAUUGAGAAGCGCUUUGGGCUCUCCAGUUCUUCCUCGGGUCUCAUUUCCAGCCUGAAUGAGACCAGCAAUGCCAUCCUCAUCAUCUUUGUCAGCUACUUUGGCAGCCGGGUGAACCGCCCACGGAUGAUCGGCAUAGGGGGUCUCCUCCUGGCUGCAGGUGCCUUUAUCCUCACCCUCCCACACUUCCUGUCGGAACCCUAUCAAUACACCUCAACCACUGCCGCGGCUGGAAACAGCAGCCACCUUCAGACCAACCUCUGUCAGAAGCAUUUGCCAAACCUGUCGCCCAGUAAGUGCCACAGCACUGUGCCAGAUACCCAAAAAGAGACCAGUGGCAUGUGGGGCCUGAUGGUGAUUGCUCAGCUGCUGGCCGGCAUUGGGACAGUGCCCAUUCAGCCAUUUGGGAUCUCCUACGUGGACGACUUUGCGGAGCCCACCAACUCACCUCUGUAUAUCUCCAUCUUAUUUGCUAUCGCUGUGUUUGGACCGGCUUUUGGGUACCUGCUGGGCUCAGUCAUGCUGAGGAUCUUUGUGGACUACGGCAGAGUGGACACUGCGACAGUGAACUUGAGCCCAGGUGACCCCCGAUGGAUCGGAGCCUGGUGGCUGGGCCUGCUUAUUUCUUCAGGCUUCUUAGUUGUUACGUCUUUGCCUUUUUUUUUCUUCCCUCGAGCAAUGCCCAGAGGAGCAGAGAGGUCUGUUAUCACGGAUGAAACAAUGAAGAUGGAGGAGGACAAGCCAAGAGGCUCCCUGAUGGAUUUCAUUAAACGGUUCCCCCGCAUCUUCCUCAAGCUGCUGAUAAACCCACUCUUCGUUCUGGUGGUCCUGGCUCAGUGUACCUUCUCCUCCGUCAUCGCUGGCCUCUCUACAUUCCUCAACAAGUUCCUGGAGAAGCAGUAUGGCGCCUCAGCAGCCUAUGCCAACUUCCUCAUCGGUGCUGUAAACCUUCCUGCUGCUGCCUUGGGGAUGCUGUUUGGAGGAAUCCUCAUGAAACGUUUCGUUUUCUCUUUGCAAAUCAUCCCCCGAGUGGCUGCCACCAUCAUGACCAUCUCCACAAUCCUCUGUGCCCCUCUCUUCUUUAUGGGGUGUUCCACCCCAACUGUGGCUGAAGUCUACCCGCCCAGCACAUCAAGUUCUAUACAUCCACAGCCUCCUGCCUGUCUCAGGGAUUGCUUGUGCCCAGAUUCCAUUUUCCACCCAGUCUGCGGAGACAAUGGAGUCGAGUACCUCUCCCCUUGCCAUGCCGGGUGCAGCAGCGUCAACAUGAGCUCAGCAGCUUCCAAGCAACCGAGCUAUUUGAACUGCAGCUGCGUGACUGGAGGAUCUGCGUCAGCGAAGACAGGCUCGUGCCCCAUGCCCUGUGCACACUUCCUGCUGCCCUCCAUCUUUCUCAUCUCCUUUGUGGCGUUCAUCGCCUGCGUCUCCCACAACCCUCUCUACAUGAUGGUUCUCCGUGUGGUGAACCAAGAUGAAAAGUCAUUUGCCAUCGGGGUACAGUUCUUGCUGAUGCGCUUGCUGGCCUGGCUGCCAUCUCCAUCCCUGUAUGGUCUCAUCAUCGACUCCUCUUGUAUCCGGUGGGACUACCUAUGCUCAGGGAGACGAGGGGCCUGUUUGUAUUAUGACAGUGAUGCUCUCCGAAACAGGUACCUGGGCCUGCAGGUGGGCUACAAGGUCCUGGGAACACUGCUGCUCUUUUUCAUCGGCUGGAGAGUCAAGAAGAAUAGGGAAUAUAACCUGCAAGAGAACGCUUCAGGCCUCAUCUGACCCUCAGUCAGGAGACUGCCUGUCACAGAGACUGGAUCCUACCCCUCUACACCUGCCUGUAUUAACUAAUGUUAACAUGCCCUUCCUUCCUUCCUCCCUCCCUCCCUCUCUCCCUCUCUCCCUCUCUUCCACUCUCCCUCCCUCCCUCUCUCCCUCUCUCCCUCCCUCCCUCUCUUCAAUCCUUCCUUUUUUUUUUUUUUUUUUUGGUAAGAAAGACAGUUCCAUUCACCCUUUGUCUCAGGGUCUCCUCCUCUGAAAGUCUCCCGCAUGGUUCUUGAGGCCUGAGGUGUACUGAGCUGGAUGACCACUGAGCUGGAGGGUCCAGUUUGCCCACCUCCUUGGGAAGGGCCCCCCACAGAGGCAGGCUCUCCUCAGCACUGGGUCCUCCAACAAGAUGCCCAUGAAGCAGCCCCUGCUCUCACUAGCCUCUCAGGAAUACUUAAGAAGUGUGAGAACCGGGCUCCAUGCUUUCUGUGCCAGGUGGCCCAGCUCUCCUCUGACCCCACGCCCUGCCCAGGGGCAGAGAGGAAGAGAAGGAAGUAGUUAACAAGGACAUGGCUACGGCCGCUUUUCAUCCGGAUUCAGCCUAGCAUGGAACCCAGGAUGGGUUGGCUCCCUUAGUUUCCUCUCUUUCUGCUCCCAAGGCUGAUUUGGAAACCACCAUUUUGGGAAGUACAGGCUUCUCUAUAACCUACACCCUGGUAUCAGAGCAGGAACUACAGAACCAGAGGUCAUCCAAACAUUCAUAUGAACCUGAGGCCUCUCUACUCUGCUAGCGACAUACACUUCUCUCGGCCUUUCUGGGCUUGUAUUUCAACUGAGAAAGCCACAGGAGAAGACCCAGGGAGGGCCCAGUCUCCUACCCCACAGUGGAGAGCAGACCCUUCGCAUUCAGAGACAUGAGAGACCCUCCCCAUCGUCCCCUGGAAUCAGAAGAGCAGCCUCACAUGGACUUCACUUCAGCCCAUAUGCAGAGGAGCAAAGAAGGCCAUCUGAAAUGCAGCCAGAGCAAGUGAUGGAGCAGAAUGGAUGUCACCUGUCACUGCUCGAGGGCAAGCUGCAGCCCACACAGAGAGCAGCCAGGUUGGCCUGCUUGCAAACACAUUGCAUUCAUUGGCAUUUUCUCUGCUUCUUCUCGCUACCUCUGGGUGGAGGUGGGCACCUUCUGUGGGCCUGGGCUGGGGGCCACCACUGUUACACAACAGAGGGGCAAAGGCAGGAACCCAGGAAGGAAGGGAGACUCUUUACCAACAAUUCUGUUUAUUGGACUCUGAGAUGGUGCUUGGCGGUGAUAUUCCAUGGUUCUCUGAGAGCGCUCCUGUAAAUCUUACCUCCAUUCAUACUAGGACCGCCUCCCGGAGGAUGGGCAGCAGGGACACACUCACAUACUAGCCAAGCAUAUCAAGUACCCAAAGAUUGGCAGGGAAGACCCUGACAUGACCACCCAUGCCAUUUAGGGCUCACAGACUGACUGUGCACCUGACCCUGUGUGAGAUGGAGAACAUGUCCCUGAAGCCGCUGGGCAAUUGUCAUUGUCCUAUGUGACAUUUAAGUGCCUUCUGGAAAUGCCUUAUAUGGUAAGAAGCCAAAAGGUUUAUGUCAGUGUGGUAAAGCUGCUGUGACACUGAAGUCUUUGUGGAAGCCAUCGUUACUGACAGUGCUCUUUCUGAAGCCACCAGUUUUCCCCCCACAGAUCUUACUUAGGAGGAGGCUCCGUGCAGCCUCAUGGGCCAGUUAAGGCAUGUGCAAUGGUCCUGCUUGGAACCUGAUCCCUCUGCAACUAACCCUGGGCUCACUCACUGCAAUUUAAACAGAUUGAAGGCAUGGCCUUCAGCCAACCUCACAAACAAUGAAUGCCAAUCUUCAGGUUUGAAAGAUUGGUUGUCCCCACAUCCUUUAUUCUAUUAUAUUGCUACUAAUAUAUUAUAAUUUUGUUAUGUGUGUAA